UUAACCUCAAAUCGGAUGUUUAUUUAUUAAUUACCUAUCGUACUUUGUGAAAUUCAUAUUCAUAUCACUGCUAAUUCUAAUGAAAUUAUGGAACAUUAGCAUAUUUAAAAAUUCGUGUUCAGCAUGCAUGUCGUGGUGUUGAAGUUUCGCGGUAUGAUCAGACUAUAUCAAAAUGCUCUUGUCCGGCGACCGUAUUUAAUGCAAGCUAUACAAAGUGGAGCAUUAAUGGGAGCCGGCGACUUGAUAUCACAGACAUUAAUAGAAAAAAAACCAUUAAAGGACCUUGAUUACAAGAGAACAUGUCAGUUUGCAUCCAUUGGCCUUUUUGUCGGUGGGCCAGCACUUCGGCUCUGGUAUGGAGUGCUACAAAAGUACAUAGGGACACAGGGCAAAGCUGUUGCUCUUAAGAAAGUAUUUAUUGACCAAGCUAUAUUUGCCCCAACAUUCCUCUUCAUGAUCCUUGCAACAGUGGGCACUAUGCAGGGCAAGAACUGGGAGACAGUGCAAACUGAGAUCAAGGCUAAUUAUGUAGAUGUGUUAAAGACCAACUAUUUAAUUUGGCCAUGGGUGCAAGUUGUAAAUUUUUAUUAUGUGCCACUGCAAUACCAAGUGCUUAUUGUACAGGCUGUUGCAUUGUUUUGGAAUACAUAUUUGUCUUGGAAGACCAACAGACAACAAUAAGGUGGUCAUGUGUACAUAGGUAUCUAUCUACUGGCAAAUAAAUCAACUUGACUAAAUAAAUAAAAUAUAGUCAUCUGGAAUUACCCUUUUAAUCUUAUAGUUCGUUUUUUUAGCAUUAGAAAAAACGUAAACAAUCUUGAUGUCUUUUUAUUGAAAAACACUCUGAAAAAUAAGUCACAGCAAAUAUAGUUGGUCAAAUCAAUUUGUCAGUCAGUAAGAACCAGGAAAACUAUACUCAUCCUUUUCUUUUGGGUGCUAGUACUAGUGUAAGACAAAGAUAGUAUGAUUCUCUCUAUCUAUGAUUGAAAUGAGACAGUCCUUUGACAAACUAUAUGUAACAAUUAUGAAUCUUAUACGAUUAUUUACAUUCUUUUUCUUUCAUAAGUAAUAGUAACUGAUUUUUAAAAAGCGUUUUUCAAUUAAAAAACGAGUCAAGAUCGCAUAGUUUUUUUCUAAUGCAAAAAAAACUAACUAUAGUCAAAUAGUAGGUACAUACUUACGUACUGCCUAGGCAAGAAGAUAAACAAAUAAACAUAAAUAUUAAACAAAUGUCUGUAAUAUUGUUACUUUAAAUAAAAUCUAAUAUCUCCUUGUAAGGCCCACCAUACAAAAUUUUCCUAUUUUUAAUUGGAACCUAGUAGUGUAGUAAAAAGGAAUGAAUUACGUUUUUUGAGAAAUCAAUGGAACAAGAGAAUAAUAAAAUUCUUACAGGCUUACAGUUGAUCGCAAUACGCUCACAAGAUUAGAAGAGAAGAUUUUAUUUGUAUUAUGAAAGAUUCUUAUUAAUUUGAAACCGGUGUACAUUGCAAUACCUACUGUUUAGCAACUUAUGGCCUGAAAAAUUCAAUUAACAUACAAAAAAACUGUCUUUACUAAUUAGAAAUUGUAGCAUUGAUGGUUUUUGUAACAUAUUUAUGUAUUACUUUGAAGUUUAACCCUUCAACUAUUUUAUUAUUUAAUUAAUAUAAUAGCAAUGGUCAAGACCACAAUCAUAAUCAUACAAUGUGUUUGGACAGCUAUGGUGGCGCCUCAGGUAUGAUGUUGAAUUUUAUCGACAAAUCACCCCUAUUUUUAUUCUUCACCAAUUUUGAAUUACAUCUCUUUAAAGUUUAAUGGCACUAAACACGGCGCAUUUGGUAUAUAUACAUCUGUCGCACAUGUGUAAGAGGUGUCAUUCGGUAGCUUAACAACUAAGGCAUAAAUGUCGUAUUUAUAAGAGUAAUGUAUUUUUUUUAUGCGUUGCGCCGGUAUUUUUUCGGGGCUGUGGUGUAGGUAGGUUUAGAACCGGUGGUAAUUUUGACAUCAUAUGUGCGUUGAUAUACUUAUGCCUAAAUUGAAGAAUAAACACUAUCACUUUUAUUAAAUCAUUAGAAAAUGUUAUACUUAGGUAAGUCACCACAACUUUGUCCUAACACAUUGUAUAGUCAAAUAUUAUACAAAGUAGGUCGUAAAUACAUGUAAUAAAUUAGGGUAAUCUACCAUAUUGUUGGCAGGUUGGCACCUUUAACAGUAUAAGGCAGCAGUUACAAAUUUUUCACAAAAAAGGUGCCAAUAACCGGUACUUACGUAUCAGUGCUAAUCAUUAGUUCACAAUGUUUGUGUACUUGACCAUUUUUAUGAUUAUGAUAUUAUGACAAUAUGCAGAUUGUACCUAAAUAAUGAUUCACUUUAAUGUGGUUGGUUUUGAUACUACAAAUGAAACUUAUAUUAUAAACUAAAAAUGAUACCUAUUUAGUUAGUUGUGAGUCUAUUGUCACCAGAUUGACAAAAAUAACCCAAAGGAACUCCGAUAUAGAAUGUAGAUUUAGAACCAGUCUUAGUUUUCUGUAGGUACAAUUUCUAAUAAGGCUACACUGCGCUAUUACAGUAAACACUACAACUUUUCCAACCGUUAUAUUUUACACAGAUCAUGCAUAGACUGUAGGGGGCAGCAUAGGACGCGUGAUCGAUCCCCCCACGCCUUUGUAUCAAGCAGUGGCGUAGCGUGAACUAAUCUAGCCGUGGGCGAAGUCGCAUCUAUCAGGCCCUUUUCUUUCGAUGUGCCCGAUAAGGGGCCUGGCGCCAAACCCCCCUAGGGGCGCGAGGCCGUGGGCGACGGCCCGCUUCGCCCACGCCUAGCUUCGCCACUGGUAUCAAGUUCUUAUUAAUUAUUAAGGUCACUACAAAUCUUGCAACAAUGGCAUACAGCUUUUCAUACAGCGUUUAGCCUGCUUGAAAUCAUGUGAUUUGUUGCAACUGUUGCAAGUUUUGUAGAGGCUUUAAGGACUCAAUGCGAUAUCAUUGCUAUCUGAUUGGCAAAAGAAGGGUCGCGCUCAUCUGCUUCGGCGACUCUUCACCAAUCAGGAAGAAGAGUACUCCGCACUGCUAAUUAUGUAGAUUAUAGGUAGAUAGAUUCUGUUUCGGCAAACCAUUAAGGAAUCUCUGAGCUGUUAUACGAAUUUGAAUCGUUUAGGAUCGGUUGCACCAAACCAUCUGUUACCGUUAAAAUGUUUUUUUUUUAGGGUUCCGUACCCAAAGGGUAAAACGGGACCCUAUUACUAAGACUCCGCUGUCCGUCCGUCCGUCCGUCUGUCACCAGGCUGUAUCUCGUGAUCUGUGAUAGCUACACAGCUGAAAUUUUCACAGAUGAUGUAUUUCUGUUGCCGUUAUAACAACAAAUACUAAAAACAGAAUAAAAUAAAGAUUUAAGUGGGGCUCCCGUACAACAAACGCGAUUUUUGACCGAAGUUAAGCAACGUCGGGCGGGGUCAGUACUUGGAUGGGUGACCUUUUUUUUUGUCGUUUUUUUUUAUGGUACGGAGCCCUUCGUGCGCGAGUCCGACUCGUACUUGCCCAGUUUUUUUUGUUGGGAAGUUUCAGUUUGAUGGUAAGGGAAGUUUCAUAGUGUGAGUGACGUUGAUCGAUCCGUCUAUUGUGGUUGGUGCAACUACCCAUAGUUAAGAUAAGACGGUAAAAGUGCUCGUUAAACGGGCUUGUUUCUUUUCAUUCAGAACGAAAGUCGUUAUUUCGGUAGCCCUAGCCAACCACACUGUUUAAAAGAACACUGCCUUUGUUUAACAGAUAAGCAUACAUCGGGGUUUUCGGUGAGGGAAUGUUCACACUAGCCAAAUAACAGGUAAAAACUGUAAAAAACGAUACUAAUUUAACAUUUCUAAGCACAUUUGGACCUUAUUACCUACGUUUAAUUCAUAGUUUGGUAAUUAUUUUACAAUAAACAAAUAGUUAUAAAAAUACACGAAAUCAUUCCCGCACCGAAAAUCCCGAUGUAUGCAGAUAAGGGUCAGUCGAGUUUAGUUUAACCAUAUUCAGUAGAAUUUACAGUUCUACCAUAGUUUCGAGACCUUGAUUAGCACAAAUUAGUUCUUUCAUUCAAAGUUUUUGCGUUUUUAA